UAGAUUUUUAAAAUGUUUGUUUUUUGGAGACGAAAACCUGGAUUUUUAAUCUCUGUUCUUGGGAUAUUUCUGUUAGCAUUCAGUUCUGUUGUAAACUGCCUGGAGAAGGUUAAUAUAACCGAGACGGCAACAAAAUCAUAUGAAGAAGAAGAAGAAGGAAAACUAUUACCCUUCAGAACUUUUCUUGAGACCUGGGAAAUUGUUGUUAUCUGCAUUGCUUUUGUUGUUUUAGUUUUCCUGAUAGCGCUUCCCGUGAUAUACUGCUGUACAUACGGCUGUGUUGUACCUCAGUGCUGCAGGCGACGAAAUGAGGACUAUUCUCCUAUCCAGCAGCAUAGAGACAGGAAGAUCGGAGAAAUAUGGAAACAAAAUCCUAACAGAAAUUAUACAAACUUCAUAAAAAAAACUACGUUUCCCUUAAUAAAAGAAUCAUUUUUUUAA